GCUGAAUAUCCCGAUCAGAUUGCCAUACACCAAACUCCCUAGGGUAUCAUUUCCUGCUGAAUUAGGCUAGUUCAAGACUCUGGUCUUAUCAGCAGUCACGUGUGAUAGGGCGCGUUCGAGGAGGGACGCGCCGCCAAACUUUUCCCCGAUCAGCCCUCUAUGCUCAGCCUCGGCCGUCGUUCAUUUCCCCUGACAAGCCGUUCUAUGUAUGCGGUUACGUCCAGAUCAAGAGGCCUGUCUUCAAUUCGCCAGUUCUUGCAUGGUUCAGCACUAGGACCGCAAAGCGCCGCUGCAUACUCAACGUCAGGUCGAAGAUCAAGAACAAUGUUCAAGAGGGCCGUUAAGGAUCAUUCCGCUACCGCUAGCACUGCCAAACCGCUCCAGUCGAAUCUUCUGCAAGGCAAUACGGUCUCCCAGUCGAAACCACCACAGUCGUCCGGCGUCAAACGGAAGAUCGAGAGUGCCGGGGAGUCGAGUUUGGGGUCCCUACACAGCGCCGUAUACUUUGACGAGAACGAUUUCGACGAUGACGAUGACUUGAAUUUCGAAGACCCAGACCCUCCGAUCCAAACCCAGAGUACCGUACGCCCGGAUACAAGUGUCUCGAGACAGAAGGAUUCCCCGGGAGAUGAUGACGACUUGGUUGUAACAUAUCCGGAUCUACCGCCAGUGCCUGAUGAGGAAGCUCCUCCUAGCAGUAUACAAUUACCUUGGUCGUCCUCUCCUCCGUCACAUUUUCAGCCACCGAAACCUAGCAGAGUACAAAUACCCCCGUCGUCCAAGCCUCGAACCGUGCCAUGGCUCAACAAGGAAGAACUGGUAACGAAAAGCGCGCCUCCGCCGGUAACGCCAGCUCGGAAGCCAAAAUCUACUGCUAUCUGGAAUAAGACAGCCAGCGCAAUCAAAGAUGAGCAGAAAGAGUUGCGACGACAGUCUAAAAACCAGAAACCAGAACAAAAACGCCCAGCCAAUGCCCAUCUUGCACCUGUGUUUCUCAGUGAUGAGCAAAGGCAUGUUCUUGAUGCUGUUGUCCAGCUUGGGAAGAGUAUAUUCUUCACUGGUUCUGCAGGAACUGGUAAAUCUGUUUUGAUGAGAGAAAUCAUCAAGCAGCUUCGCAUCAAAUACCGGAGGGAGCCAGACAGAGUGGCCGUGACAGCUUCUACAGGACUUGCUGCCUGUAAUAUUGAGGGUGUUACACUCCACAGUUUUGCUGGUAUUGGACUGGGAAAGGAGGCGGUCCCUGAGCUUGUCAAAAAGGUAAUCUCGUUUUCUGUUUCUUUCCAGAUAGCAUAGGAUUACUAACUCCUUGCAGAUCAAACGAAACCAGAAGGCGCGGGCUCGCUGGUUACGAACUAAGGUCCUGGUUGUUGAUGAAGUGUCAAUGGUUGAUGGCGAUUUAUUCGAUAAGCUCGAAGAAAUAGCACGGCGGAUAAGGAAUAAUGGCCGACCUUUUGGUGGUAUUCAGCUUGUGGUCACAGGCGAUUUCUUCCAGCUACCUCCAGUACCUGAAGGGGGCCGUGAAGCGAAGUUUGCAUUCUCAGCAGCCACGUGGA